AUAUAUAUAUAUAUAUAUAUCAGUUGGGCUGUACUUUGUGUUCUUUAUAUAUGUUCCUGUGAAAUUUGAUUCUUUUGAGUGAUAAUGGCAAUGGCUGGGGAGAUUGAUGAAGAAACCUUUGGCAAUAGUCUUCAGGCAGAUUCUUUACACUCCGGCUCUGUAUCAUUCGGAAGAUUCGAAACCGAGUCCUUAUCUUGGGAAAGGAGGUCAUCUUUCUCUCACAAUAAAUAUCUAGAGGAGGUUGAGAAAUGCUCAAAACCAGGCUCAGUCAUUGAAAAAAAAGCUUACUUUGAGGCUCACUUCAAGAAGAAAGGUCUUAGGAGACCGGACUCAUUCGAGUACUAUGGUGGGACAGAAUAUCAAGUUAGUUGUAAUGGUAUCUCAGACAGAAGCGAUUGCAGAGAAGAAUUUGAUCAGAAUGCAAAUGAAGGUCUCCACCAUCCUCAUUUCUACGAGAGCCCUGAAGGCUCAUAUGACUAUCAUGGAGAAUACAAGGCGACAGAACAUGAAAGAGAGGAUAAAGAGUACCAUGGAGAUUAUGAAAUGACGGAAUGUGAAAGAGAAGAUCAUGGGGAUCAAGAGUAUUAUACAGGGUGUGAAGUGAAAGAAUGCGAAAGAGAAGAUUCCGGGGUAUCCUUUUCGAAUCCUCUGAAGGAGCCUGCAAUGAGUGAUUCUGAUGUCUUGCUUGAUGGUGUUGUUCAAAGUGCUAAUUUUGAAUCACAUCAAACUGAAAUCAGCUGUGGCAAUUGUUUUUCGGUUAGUGAUGAAUCACAGACAAGAGCUGAUCAGAAUCAAAAUUUCAAUGCAGAAAAUCAUGAUGAUGACGAAUCAUCUUGUUCAGUUGAGUUUCCCAAGACUGAAAAGGCUGGGAAAGUUGAGGAAACUAGUUUUGAAACACAGCAAACAUCUUACCAGAAGUUAAAGCCUGCAAUAGAAUCAAAACAUUCAAAGUCCAGAGUCAUUUCCCGGAACAAUAUUUCUCCAGUCCAGAGAGACAUUUCUGGUGAUGUAUCUAAAGAUCCUUUAAGGAAACCUGUUAGAAGGAAGAGAGAGUUUGUGGGAAGAACAAAUAAAGCAAAUCAACCAUCAAAUCCAAAUAUUCAAACUACAAGUUCUAUAAACAAGACUUCAGCAUCCGAGGAUUCUAGAGGUCAGAAGACAAAGUUAGUUCAUGAAGAUAAAAGGCGUGAAAAUGAAUCAAGGGAAAGAAAAGUUGGUGAGUCUCCUCCGCUUUCUUCAUCAAAAGAUCAAGCCAGAUUACGCCGAAUGCCUAACAGGCUUCAUAAAGGAAAUUCAACCAAGGCUGAUACAAGGUCAAUAGGAUUCAAUUUUAGAAGUGAUGAGCGAGCAGAAAGACGGAAAGAGUUCUACUUGAAGUUGGAGGAGAAAAUGCACGCUAAGGAAGCUGAGAUGAACAAGAUCCAAGCAAAAACACAGAAAAAGACAGAAGCUGAGAUCAGACAACUUCGGAAAAGCCUCAAUUUCAAAGCAACACCAAUGCCAUCUUUCUAUCAUGUUAAUGAAAACAAGAGCAAAAGCAGCAAAGCAAGAAGCAACUCAACAAGUUCAAGAAGUGCAGCUUCUUCAGAAUUAAUUUCAUCAGAUUCAAAGGCAGGACAUGACCAAGCUCAAACAACCAACGAUUCUGUGACCACAACCGAGCAAACUGAAGACACUGCAACAUCUCCAACGCCAAAAACCUCAGAAACAACGAAAAAAGAUUACGUGAGUGAGAAGAAAGAAAGAGAGAGAGAUGCUAACAAGCUCAACCGUCAAGUAUCGGGGACUAGCAAGAUUUCAAGAGGGCAGAGAGCACUUGAUAGGAAGGCGAAAUCCGGAGCCAAAAGAAACGUCAACGGGGUGGCAAGGAAGAGCAUGAAAGGUGUCGGAAUGAAUCAUAAUCUUGCAGUUCAUGUUGCCUCCUGAAUUGAAAGGUUCUCCCAGGGAGAAAGUUCGGAAACGACACAAUUUUUUUUCAUGUGUUCUAAUGAACUUUUUAGUAGGUCAAGUCCCAUGUGACGUUCCCAAAUUGUUGUACUUGUUCCGGCAAUUGGUUUUUAUGGCUUGCAUUUAUUCUUUGUACAUAUAAAUUAAUUGCUUGAAGCGUGUCAUUAAACAUUUUAGUUUUAUAGAUAAUAAUGAGCAGUUAGGGGGACUUCUUGAAAUGGAAUUUUUCUUUU